GUCAGGUUUUCUAUGCGAGCUCUGCUGAGGGUUUCACCUUCCACGAGGCUGCGUCCAGCUGUCGUGAGCAGAGCGCCAUGCUAGCGUCCACCGGAGAGCUCUACGCAGCGUGGAAGAUGGGUCUGGACAGCUGCCAUGCUGGCUGGCUGGCAGACGGAAGUGUCCGCUAUCCCAUCAACAGCCCCCGCGCUGCGUGCGGCGGUGGGAAAUCAGGAGUUCACACUGUGUACGCUCACCCCAACCAGACAGGCUACCCUGAUCCUGACACCAGAUACCAUGCGUACUGUUUCAGAGUGGAUAUUCUUCUUAUUGCCAAUGAAACUGGACUGAACAUCAGAGAUAUCCAGGAGGCCCUCCUGAACCAGACAUCCCUGACUGAUCUGUUGAGGCCUGCAGGUCCUUCCAUCAUCCCUCCCAUCGCUGUGGACUCUUCAGGAUCAGGAUCAACAGACUCUGGGUCAGGAUCGGCAGACUCUGGGUCAGGAUCAGCAGACUCUGGGUCAGGAUCGGCAGACUCUGGGUCUGGAUCGGCAGACUCUGGGUCAGGAUCGACAGACUCUGGGUCAGGAUCGACAGACUCUGGGUCAGGAUCAGCAGACUCUGGGUCAGGAUCGGCAGACUCUGGGUCAGGAUCGGCAGACUCUGGGUCAGGAUCAGCAGACUCUGGGUCAGGAUCGGCAGACUCUGGGUCAGGAUCAGCAGACUCUGGGUCAGGAUCAGCAGACUCUGGGUCAGGAUCGGCAGACUCUGGGUCAGGAUCAGCAGACUCUGGGUCAGGAUCAGCAGACUCUGGGUCAGGAUCUGCAGACUCUGGGUCAGGAUCAGCAGACUCUGGGUCAGGAUCAGCAGACUCUGGGUCAGGAUCGGCAGACUCUGGGUCAGGAUCAGCAGACUCUGGGUCAGGAUCAGCAGACUCUGGGUCAGGAUCAGCAGACUCUGGGUCAGGAUCGGCAGACUCUGGGUCAGGAUCAGCAGACUCUGGGUCAGGAUCGGCAGACUCUGGGUCAGGAUCAGCAGACUCUGGGUCAGGAUCAGCAGACUCUGGGUCAGGAUCGGCAGACUCUGGGUCAGGAUCAGCAGACUCUGGGUCAGGAUCGGCAGACCCUAGGUCAGGAUCGGCAGACUCUGGGUCAGGCUCCAUGUUUGGAGGUGCCUCUGGGAGUAUCUCUGGAGACAUGUCUGGUUUCGGAGAGGCGUCUGUUUCUGGUGACUGGUCUGGAGACUGGGCUGGCAGUGCGAGUGCGGGUCUGCCCAGUGAAUCAUCAGGUUCUAGAGGUACCUAUGCUUUUGGAUCUGGUCUUGAGGGAGGAGGAUCUGGGAUUACCCUUGUUUUCUCAGACACUGAAAACUCUGGGGAAGGCUCCAGUUCAGGAGGAACGCAGGAGGCUGGAGAAGGAAGCACAGAGAUCCUCAUCUUGCCUUCAUUCGGAGCAGGCUCUAGGGUUCUGGGUGUAAGUGGGGAUCCAUCUGGACCUGGACAGUUCUCUGGUUACAUCAACACCAAGGACUUUUCUGGGUUUAGUGGUUCCACAUCAGGGUUCUCCUCUGGAAGUGCUGGUGGACAGUCUGGGGAACGCUCUGGGAGUGGUAACGCUCAGAUCUUACUGAUAGAUGCUGAACUGAUUGAUGCAUCUGAACCUGGAACCCACAAAGAGUUUGAGCUCGGUGGGGGUGUUCUGGCUUUUAGUGGCUCUGAGGACAUUUCAGGAUCUGGGACUCUCAGUGGGUCAGGUUCCAGGAGUGGUUCUGGAUUCUCAGGUGUAACCUUUGUGGGGUCAGGGCUCACUGACCUCACGGUGUCCUCCUCUGGGGAGCAGGAGGCCUCUGGGUUUUUACUCUACAGCUCUGGACAGGGAAGUGGGGGGCAUCCGUCUGGUUUUGGAAGCACAAGUUUCAUCUCAGGAUCUAGAUCAGGAACAUCUGGAUCAGGAACAUCUGGAUCAGGAACAUCUGGAUCAGGAACAUCCGGAUCAGGAACAUCCGGAUCAGGAACAUCUGGAUCAGGAACAUCUGGAUCAGGAACAUCUGGAUCAGGAACAUCUGGAUCAGGAACAUCUGGAUCAGGAACAUCUGGAUCAGGAACAUCUGGAUCAGGGUCCUCGACCAGCGGAGAGGAAGGCACUGUCACUUUCUUGUCUGGGGAUUUUACAGCCGAUGGCUCCCGACACGCCGCUCCGUCUCUGGAGCUCGGAAGGGGGUCGGUGGAUUACAGUGGAGGCAGCAGCAGCGGCUCCUUCUCUGGUGCGUCCUCAGCUGGCGGUGUUUCCUCAGGAUCCACCUCUGGAGAUCUUCAUCAGGUGGUGCUGCCCUCUCCAUCCAGCGAGUGGGCACUGACUGAGAGCACCACAGAACCUGAGGGAGCCCUCAUCCAGGCUGAACCGUCACAGACCUCUGGUGGUUUGUUCAGUACUCCCAGCCCUGUGCUGGCCCCUGCAGGACUGGCUGCCCCUCGCAGCUACGUUGCAGUGACGCCAGCCUCUGUGCAGAGCCCAGGGGAGGAUGGACCACGUGGUUCAGCAGACAGUGGUUUCAGCCCCUGUGCACCUGACCCAUGUGGAAACUCUUCCUGCUCGGUAGAGGGAGGGGUUGCUCUCUGCCACGAGGCAGAUGUGUGCCACCCCAACCCGUGUGCCAACGGAGCCACCUGUGUGGAGAGCGCAGACUCUUAUACAUGCUUUUGCCUGCCGAGCUACGGAGGGGACCGCUGUGAGACCGAUGAGCAGCUGUGUGAGGACGGAUGGACCAAGUUCCAGGGGAGCUGCUACCUGCACCCUGAGGACCGCGAGACCUGGGUCCACGCAGAGCAGCACUGCAGAGACCUGAAUGCACACCUGGUCAGCAUCAUCACACCUGAGGAGCAGCACUUCCUUAAUGCUCAGGUUCAGGAGUAUCAGUGGAUCGGUCUGAAUGAUAAGACGAUGGAAGGAGACUUCAGCUGGACUGACGGGACUCCUCUGACCUAUGAGAACUGGAAGUCUAACCAGCCUGACAGUGCCUCAGACUCUGGUGAGGACUGCGUGGUGAUGAUGCGGCAGGAGGCGGGGCUUUGGAACGACGUGCCCUGUGACUAUCACCUCCCCUUUACCUGCAAGAAAGGCCCAGUUUGGUGCGGCGCCCCCCCACAGGUAGAAAACGCCCACAUGUUUGGCUCAAGGAGGGAGGAGUAUCCUGUCAACUCCAUCAUCAGGUUUCAGUGUGACCCCGGCUUCAGACAGCGCCACCUGCCUGUGGUCCGCUGUAAAGCAGACGGACUGUGGGAGAGACCUCAGGUGGAAUGCACUGAUGUGAAAUCCAGAAGAAGAAGCGAGCGGAGGAGAGACGCAGAAGGGGAGGAGCUCCAGUGAGGAGGGCGGACACAAGGUCAUUAUUUAAAGGAACAGAUGGACUGUCCGUGUGACGAAGAGGAUUUCAGGGUGUUCUAUCAUGUUUGUCCAAUAUAUUUGAUGUUUGGUAACUUCAUGCUCUGAGUUGAUUUGAUGUGUGUUGUGUA